UCCAACAGUCACACUCAUCUCCUGCGUCCUUCAUCCGCACUCGCACUCUCCAUCCUCCUCCUCGAGUCUCCUCCUCUCCAUCACUCGCACUUCCAUCUCAUCUCCAUCCAUCUCGCUCUCAACCAGCAAUACGCUCCACCUCUCUCAUCCUCUCACCUCCCCGGCGACUCGAAUCCCGCCCCGGUCACCACAAGCGCACGGCCCUCCACUCGGGAGCAAGGCCGCUCGACGCGUCGCCGCUCGGCCCAGCGUGACCUGGACACUAUCCAUCUCUGUCAUUCCGGUCUAGUCCGCUCCAAUGAGCGGUAUCGAUUCGCCGCAGAGGCGUGACUCGCAUCUAACCGUGUCCAGCCAGGCUUCCUCGUCGCGCUCCCACUCACCUCUCCCAGUCGACGGCGCUGGCGCCGGCAGUGGGCAGCCCCGCCGCAAGCUCAGCUUGUUCCGGCCACACAACCGUGGUCGUUCGACGCCCUCCCCGAUGGUGUCAGGUCCCGAGGACGAGGAUGACGAGUGGCUCAUUGAGGGGGGCACAAGCAACGGGCGCGUCGACCCCGAUGCCUCCAUGGGCCGCGAGGCAAGCACCCUCUCGCGCUCUGUCGAUACUCUAUCCAUUGAGCGUGUUCAGGUCGCGCCUCGCGUUGAGAAGCGAGACGGUCGUGGCAAGCGCCUUGCUAAGAAGACCUCAAGACUCUUCCACCGGGCAACUGGCUCGAACUCUUCCUCCAACGGCCACAACGACGACACCCCUGCGCAUGCCCCUCCAUCAUCCGCGAGCAACUUGCCGAUCCCGCUGGCCGGGAGGCAGUCCUCGUUCUCGUCUUCUGCUUCGUCCAACGAAACCGGCGCAUCGCGCAAGUGGGGUAGCCUGGCUCGUGUUCACUCGCGCGAGUCUCCCAUUCAUCGAUCCUCUGGCGAGUCGUCGCAACCCUCCUCGUGGCAGUAUCACUCCAACACGAAGGUCAGACGUGCGUCAUCGUCAACGAACGAAGACUCGAUACAUGGAAUGAAUAUACAGACCCUGCGGCCGCGUGAGAGCUCGGGCCAGCUCAGCCAGUUCUCCACAUCGGCGCCCCAUACCGCGCGACCUCUCAUGCUUCAGCCGCCGCCCAAUGCCCAGUCGCAGACGGCGGGAGGGCGAGGCUGGUUCUCCAAUCUGUUAGGCAGCAGCGGCGAGCAGAGCGGAUCCCCCCAACAACAGCACGAUGUGACAGCGACCCCUCCAUCUCCUUUACGCAAGGGCCCCAGCUUCCUCACGGGCGCAUUUGCCGCUGUCCGGACCAAGGCUGCAAACGGGCUGAGAACCCUCGUGGACUCAGAAGCCCAGCCCGACCACUGUCAGGAAGCCAUGUAUGUCAUGGGCGUCAAGCAUCCCGGCUGGACGCCAGCAUCCGAUGAUCCCUUCCACAGCGAGACUCCCACUUCGGGCGAGCUGUCAUCCCCAUGGUCAAACCGCCUGAGGGAGGGGAGCGGCUCUUCGUCGACACCUCCCACCAAGUUGAGCACCAUUUUCGGCUCGAGCUUCAAUCUUGCGGCUCAGGCCGAUGGCCCGUCCACUCCAUCCCCCGAUGCUGCUGGUCGCUACCGCAAGGACAAGGCUAAAGACAAGGAAAUACUCAAGUGGCCGGAUGGAUUCUACGAUGACUUCCGCUCGCGCGUGUGGUGCACAUAUCGCUCCAACUAUCCUCCUAUCCAGCCCUUCCACGAGAACACUCUGCUACCGACCCCCCAGGCGUAUUACGGCGCGUUUUCAACCUCCGAGCAUGCUCCUUCUGGUCUUCCAUCGCAGAGUACGCCGACGACUGGGCGAGGAGGAUGGCUAAGGGGCGAGACGCUUUAUACCUCCGAUUCGGGAUGGGGUUGCAUGCUGCGCACAGGCCAAAGCAUUUUAGCCAACGCGCUCAUUGACGUCCACCUCGGCCGUGGCUGGCGCCUGCCGCAGGAGCGGCCCAAGCUUCAUCCUGAGACUCCGAUGGAUCUCGCCCUCCUGGAAGCAUACGCUACCCAUGUGCGCAUUCUCUCUUGGUUCCUCGACGACCCCUCGCCCCUCUGUCCUUUCAGCGUGCACCGCAUGGCCAUGAUCGGGAAGGAACUUGGUAAGGAGAUUGGGCAGUGGUUCGGUCCAAGCACAGCUGCUGGUGCUCUGCGAUCGCUUGCCAACUCUUUCCCCAUCUGCGGCGUGAGCGUUGUGUCGGCACAGGACGGCAUCAUUUACAAGUCCGAUGUCUUUGCAGCAUCAAACACGACCACGGACGGUUGGGAGCCUCAGUCUCCCCGCAAAAUGAGACCCAUCUCGACGCAUCGAUCGUCAUGGGGGAACCAGGCUGUGCUUAUCCUGGUGGCAACGCGCUUGGGUCUCGACAACGUCAAUCCUAUCUAUUACGACUCGAUCAAGAACAUGUUUGAAUGGCCACAGAGUGUUGGCAUUGCAGGGGGACGCCCCGACUCGUCAUACUACUUUGUGGGGACGCAGGCAAACCACCUCUUCUAUCUUGACCCCCACUACACGCGUCCUGCCGUUCCUCCUCGUGUCCCCCCAUUAUCUGCAGCAACAAGCGAACCAGUCCAUCGCGACUCGUGGUCGGGCCCUCCCUUGGAGGAAGAUGAGGACAAUGAGAUGGCUGAGCCCCACUCACCUACCCCGAGCGCCGGAUCGGCGCACUCAGUCCCCGUCCUCGGCGUGGUGGAUGUCGACAGAGUUGAAGAGUCGCCUGCCCGCACCAAACGUUCUCGGCGCCUCACGCCUAUGCAGCCGCUGAGGAUAGACCCUCAGACGCCACCACGAACAACCACUCCACCGUCGCCUGCUACCCCGACCCUAAGUGCCCCUCACCCGCCGUCGGUGCAGGCGUCUCCCGCGCCGUCGCGGCACGCAGCACAUGGCUCCAUCCCCAACUCUGUGGCGUCUUCAAUGCGCAAGCGUCUUCCAGUUGACCCACAGACGGCGUGGUACGCGAGCGCGUAUCCAGAGGAUAAGCUCAAGACGUUCCAUUGCGACCGCGUCAAGAAACUUCCCCUUUCUGGAUUAGACCCUAGCAUGUUGCUCGGCUUCCUUGUUCAGUCCGAGGCCGAAUUCGACGAUUUCUGCGAGCGCGUUGCGCAGUUGCCGCAGAAGAUCUUCGCUGUGCAGGAAGAGUUGCAGUCGUGGAGUGAUGACGAGGAUGGCGCACUUGAGAGCGUAUCGGAGGGCAUCUCUGGUCCCGAAAUGGACUCGGACGACGAGGAUGAAGAUGGUCCUGGUGAUGGCAUCUCCGAGAUGCUUUCAGAGGAGGCAGUUGAGAUCGACGAGUUCGGCCGCGUGGGCUCGACUUCGGCAAGGAGUGCGCCCUACCCGGCCCGCCCAUUCCAUGCUGCACAGCGCGGCGCGGUUGACGUUGCGACAUUCGAUGAUGACAGCACACCCGACAUCUCUCCCGACACCACUCUUGACCUGUCCAUGGAUGACAGUCAUGAUGAAGCGGAGCGCAUGCCGACACUGACCGCGCGCCCCUCGUUCGCGACCAUCCCACGCAAGCCGUCGUACUCGUCCGAUGUGCCCACUGUUAAGGGUCACUUGCGCGGUGCAUCAACGAGCGCGGUGCCGCGUCCCUCGCACUCGCGGGGUGCCUCAACGUCAGUUAGCGUCCUCGCACACCGCCGCACAGCGUCGGCACAGCCCUCCCCUCACUCGCAUGCGUCGAGCAGUUCCGGCUCUGGAUCCGGCUCUGGCUCAAACUCAUUCUCGGGGUCGAGGUCACAUUCGCGCCGCGGCUCAUCCCCCGCCUCGCCCUUCGGGCCAUCACCUAUAGUGACUGCGCGCCGGCCGCCGUCAAUCUCUGUGCCUGACCGGGGCAUGAUCCUCCCUCCCCCCCGAUCCGCGAGUUUGAGCGCCCCGACGAGCGCCAAGCUCGUCGACGCCCUCGACACGUCGGGCGGCAUACCACGCAUCCUUGAUCCAGACCACAGCGAUGGCACUGAAGAGCUUGUGACUGUGCGGCCGAGUCUGGAGUUUGAAGCCGAGACGGAGACACUCGAGACUGUCGGCGCCGAGACGCCGGAUGAGGACGAAGACCGCUCAAGUAGACGGGCGAGCGGCGGCAAUGGGAGCGACAUUGCCUCUCCUUAUAGCUUCUCUCCGCCUGUGUCGCCUCCCGAGCUGCCGCUGUCUCCCCUAGAGACGCUGCCGCCACUCCCUCGCUCACAAGCGGGAAUCUUGCCGCGCUCAUAUACGCAAGAGACGGUGAUGCCGCGAUCGGCUACCCAGGAGACCGUCAAGCAGCUGCCGCGCGGGAGCAGCCAGCGGUCUUUCGACGAGUGGGACGUCGAGGACGAGGAGCGGCCACACCUCAGCCCGACGAAGGGCGCAGCCGCUCUAGACACGGUGUGCGAGAAGUAAUGUUGUAAUGUGUAUUCUACGUGAACUACAUGCUGUUG